AUGGACGCUGAGAGCGAAGUAUACGAUGUCAUCAUUGUUGGCGCAGGGCCCUGUGGUCUUGCCACGGCGGCUCGACUGCGCGAGCAUACGCCCGCCGCGCUCUUUACCGACGAGGAGCAUCGCCGAUACCACUGGAUCGGCAAGUAUGGCAGCAACGUCUCGCUCAAGCACGUGCGAAGCGGCAAGGUCUCCAAUAGAGGACGUGCGCGAGCGCGACCCGAGUACAAGAUGCUCGUACUCGACGCCACGGACGAGUCGUGGUUGGGCCGUUGGAGGCGGCUGUUUCGCACCUUUGACAUUUCUCACCUCCGCAGCCCGAUGCUCUGGCACGUGGACCCCUUGGAUCGAGACGCACUGCUGGCCCAUGCGUACCGCGAAGAGCGCGAGGGGGAGCUUGUGGAGAUUCGGAACUGCGUGGGCAAGGAGAUGAGCAAGCAUGCGAAAAAGAAGCUGGCCGGCAGCAAGGCCUGCGGGAAGAAGCAAGAGGCCAGGGUGGCCAUCAAUCUGCGAGAUCGCAACGACUACUACACCCCGUCGCAGUCCCUCUUCUGCGACAACUGCGACGACGUGGUCGCGCGAUACAACCUCGGCGCGGGCCUGGUUCAAAAAGGCGCCAUACACGACAUUGACUAUGGCGUGGUGAAUGGCGUUUCCAUCGACGACGAGAGGCUCUUCACCGUCACCACGGAUGGCGGCGUCCGUCGUUACGCCAAGGUCGUCGUCCUCGCAGUCGGUCCUGCCAAUGGCCCUCAACUGCCUCGCCUGCCCUCGAUGCCCACGAACCAAGCCCAGCUCCGGCAGGCCUGCCACAGCAUGCAGAUUCAAGAGUUUCCGGACCCUGUCGUCACUUCGCGCAUGCAGGCCGGCCGGCCGACGCAUAUCCUCGUCGUCGGCGGAGGUCUCACAUCCGCGCAGCUGUCAGACCUGGCGAUCCGCCGCGGCGUCACCAAGGUCUGGCACAUGAUGCGCGGCCCCUUGCGCAUCAAGCAUUUUGACGUGGACUUGCAGUGGAUGGGCAAGUACAAGAACGCGGAGCAGGCGCGGUUCUGGACGGCAGACUCGGACGAGGAGCGGCUGGCCAUCAUCAAGGAGGCUCGUGGCGGCGGAAGCAUCACGCCCUUGUUCAACAAGCGGCUCAAGAAGCACAUUGCAGCAGGCAAGUUGGCGCUUUUUGAGAGGACCUCCCUGAGCGAUGUCUGCUUUGAAGAGUCGGACUGCGAGGCAGACGGAGCGGGCCGUUGGACCGUGUCGACGGAGCCUCCCGUCGACGGCCUGCCAGCCUUUGACUACAUCUACUUUGCCACGGGCAUCCAGACAGACUUCCGGACGUUGCCGUACCUGCGUUGCAUGCUGAACAAGCACCCCAUCCAAGGCUUCGGCGGCUUUCCCUGUCUAAACGAGGACCUGAUGUGGGCGGACGGCGUGCCGUUGUUCGUGGCCGGAAGGCUGGCGUCGCUGCAGCUCGGCCCGGCGGCGCCCAACAUUGGCGGUGCGAAGCUCGGCGCGGAGAGGAUUUCCUGGGCCAUUGAGGAUCUGAUCAAGCCAUCCGGGUGGGAAGCUGACGGCGGGCGGGAGGACCGGGCGAGCGGAGGGAUGGCGGGAUACCUGUCAGGACACGAUAACCGGUUCUCGUGCCUUGCGGGCGUCUGA